UGGCCCCCACCGGCUUUCCUGAGUCCCGCCUUCUGUCAUUUGGGGCUCCGCCUCCGAGUCUUUAGGCUCCGCCCCUAGAACCUGGGCACCUGGGCUCCCUUGCCAACCUGGCCCGCCCCCCGGGACCAGAUCUCCUAGGCCUGAAAACUCUGGGCCUUCUAGGCCUGAUCCUUGUCCUUCCUACCCUCCCUUCAUUCCCUGGGGCUGCGUGCCAGUGGGCGGUGAGGCAGCACCUCUGGCUUGCCUCUUGCGGGUUCCCGCAUGAGGGAAAGUGGUCUAGGGAAGAGGGUACUGUGAACAGGGAGGUGGGCAGGACCACAGAUGGAGGCUUUUAUCCCCGCAGUCUCCCAUAGGGCUCUGCUGUACUGCCCCUGAGGAUAGCAGGCAUGAAGGAAAGUGUCAGUGAAACCUGGGCCUGGCUUCCUAAGUAAGCCUAGGAGGCUCCAUCCUGAAAUCCCUGUUACUUGGGCUCAUUGGACAGAUGCUGACUCCAAGGCCUGAAUUGGCCUGAUUCUAUUCCUGUUGUGUGGGCUCCUUUCCAUAACCUCCACACAACUUGGUGUCAAGUACAGUCAGCAGGACCUGCGCCUGUGCAGCCCUGCUGCCCUCUGAUCACAGGUUGUGGUCCCCCCCCCACGCUUGUCCCACUUUGGACUCUGCCCCCAGUAAACAGGUCAGUGAGAAGCAGGCAGCCAGGACCCUUGCCACGGUAGAAUGAAAGCCUGCUGGUUUGGGCCCCCAUGAAGAGAUUGCUCCUCUUUUCUCUUCUGGGAUACCGUGAAAAGAGCAUUGGCUUCAGAGUCAGCUUCAUUUAAUUUCAAAUCCUAGCACACCACUUAGGUAAAUUGUAUACUUUCUCUCUAAGCUUAAGUUUCACCAGUAAGACAGGAUAAGGUUUACUUCUUGAGGGGUUGAAAAGUUUUAGUGAGAUAAUGUUAGAAACUGCCUGACUCAUUGCAGAUGCUUAAUAAAAUGUCAGGUUUUCUUUUAUUCCUCCCUUCUUCCCCAGACGAGACAAAAUCCCUGGUGUCUGAAAGUUACCAGGUGCAGGAAGUUUGGGGUUCCAGCAAGCUCCCUCUGUGACUCUUGGUGAUAUUUUGAGCCCCUUCGUCCUGCUCCUUAUUCCUUGGCCCUCUACCCAACUCUCUCUACUCCCCUGCUCCUGAGUUUCAAGUUUCAUUUUUGUAUAACUUCUGUGGUCCAUACUUCCAGCUCUUCUCCUUCCCAGACUAAGAAAUCCUUUCUCCUUGAAGAAGGACUUUCUUACCCAGAGAUCAGAAUGUGAAACAAGGGAGAGAUGGAGCUGAAGGAGUUGGAUUUGGUAGGGGUAUUGGAAUAAAAAGCUCAUUUCCCUUUCCAGGAGCGUGGAAUGACUAACCUGGCACCAUUCUAAGGGGAAAGAAGGGUUUAGCCAAGUCACAGGAUUGAAGGACCCUGAUGGGCAGGGGCAUGGUGGGUAGUGGUUUUGGAGUGAAAGGAGGAAGCAAAUGGGUUGUGGGUAGGUGAGCUCCACCUUGGGAUCCAGAGCAGGUGUCGGGUGAACUUAGAGAGGAGGAGAGGGCAUGGGGAUGGGUUUCUAAGGGGGCAUGGGGUGGCCCACCUGGGAAAAAGGUAAAUGAGAAGAUGUAGGCGGUCUUGUUUUCUGUUCCAAGCCGUCUGUCUGGGCGGUCCCACAGCCCAGGUUCCUGAAAGCCCCUAAAGGUCCCUGGAGUGGAGUACGCCCUCGGACAAGGCCCAGGGUCCGCGGGGAGGGAGGAGCCUGAGGCUGUGGGUGGGGCUCGCGGAGCCGCCCCGCCCCUGCCUCCGCCUUCCUUCCGCGUCCCGGGCUCUCCCCUCGCCCAGCUCCCCUCCCUUCCGUGCUCGUGCUGGAGGGCGGAGCUGGGCCAGCUCCAUUGUGAAAAGGAGGGGAGAGGCGUGCGGGAGCUGUGCUGAGGGCCCGCCACCAGCGCCCUCACCUCCUGGCCACCGCGGCUGCACCUGGCGGUCCCUGCAGCCGGGAUGCAGCGGGCGCCCGGGGCUGGCGGGCAGCGCAGCGGCUCCGGGGGCAUGUGCGCUGGCCCAGACCGCCCGUGACCAUGAGCCUGACCGCCCGCGUCUCCUGCUCCAUGCUUAGCUGCUUCGGUGAGGAGGGGCCCCCCAGCCUGGAGUACAUCCAAGCCAAGGAUCUGUUCCCCCCCAAGGAACUAGUGAAGGAGGAGGAGAAUCUUCAGAUCCCCUUCACAGUGCUGCAGGGUGAGGGAGUAGAGUUCCUGGGCCGGGCAGCCGAUGCCCUCAUUGCCAUCUCUAACUACCGGCUGCAUAUCAAAUUCAAGGACUCUGUCAUCAACGUCCCCCUCCGGAUGAUUGACAGUGUGGAGAGCCGUGAUAUGUUCCAGUUACACAUUUCCUGCAAGGACUCCAAAGUGGUCAGGUGCCACUUCUCCACUUUCAAGCAGUGCCAAGAGUGGCUCUCACGGCUAAGCCGAGCCACAGCAAGACCUGCCAAGCCUGAGGACCUCUUUGCCUUUGCCUACCAUGCCUGGUGCCUGGGGCUGACCGAGGAGGACCAGCACACUCACUUGUGUCAGCCAGGUGAGCACAUACGAUGUCGGCAGGAGGCGGAACUCGUGAGGAUGGGCUUUGACCUGCAGAAUGUCUGGAGAGUCUCACACAUCAACAGCAACUACAAAUUGUGCCCCAGUUACCCCCAGAAGCUGCUGGUUCCUGUGUGGAUCACUGACAAAGAGCUGGAGAACGUGGCUUCCUUCCGCUCCUGGAAGCGGAUCCCCGUGGUUGUGUAUAGACACUUGCGCAAUGGGGCUGCUAUCGCCCGCUGCAGCCAGCCGGAGAUCAGCUGGUGGGGCUGGCGCAAUGCUGAUGAUGAGUACCUGGUCACGUCCAUUGCUAAAGCCUGUGCCCUGGACCCAGGGACAAGGGCCAAUGGGGGCUCCCUCAGCAUCGGGAAUGAUACCAGCGAGGCGUGUGAUGCUGACUUUGAUUCCUCUCUGACCGCAUGCUCUGGAGUGGAGAGCACAGCAGCCCCCCAGAAGCUGCUGAUCCUGGAUGCACGAUCCUACACGGCAGCAGUGGCUAACCGGGCCAAGGGUGGAGGCUGUGAAUGUGAAGAGUACUAUCCCAACUGUGAGGUCGUGUUCAUGGGAAUGGCCAACAUCCAUGCCAUCCGGAACAGCUUUCAGUAUCUCCGGGCUGUGUGUAGCCAGAUGCCGGAUCCUAGCAACUGGUUGUCGGCACUAGAGAGUACCAAAUGGCUGCAGCACUUGUCGGUGAUGCUAAAAGCAGCUGUGCUGGUGGCUAAUACCGUAGACCGGGAAGGCCGGCCUGUGCUGGUACACUGCUCAGAUGGCUGGGACCGCACACCGCAGAUCGUAUCCCUGGCCAAAAUAUUACUGGACCCGUAUUACAGGACGUUGGAGGGCUUCCAAGUUUUAGUGGAAUCGGACUGGCUAGAUUUUGGGCACAAGUUUGGAGAUCGCUGUGGCCACCAAGAGAAUGUGGAGGACCAAAAUGAACAAUGCCCUGUGUUCCUCCAGUGGCUUGAUUCUGUUCAUCAGUUACUUAAGCAGUUCCCCUGCCUGUUUGAAUUUAAUGAAGCAUUCCUGGUAAAACUGGUGCAACACACAUACUCCUGCCUGUACGGCACAUUCCUGGCCAACAACCCCUGUGAGCGAGAGAAGCGCAACAUCUACAAGCGGACCUGCUCUGUGUGGGCACUCCUUCGAGCUGGCAAUAAAAACUUUCAUAACUUCCUCUACACUCCCGGCUCAGACAUGGUCCUGCAUCCUGUGUGUCAUGUCCGGGCCCUGCACCUCUGGACAGCUGUUUAUCUGCCAGCAUCAUCUCCAUGCACACUUGGGGAGGAAAGCAUGGAUCUUUACCUUUCCCCAGUGGCCCAGAGCCAGGAGUUCUCUGGCCGCUCUCUGGACAGAUUACCUAAAACCAGAUCCAUGGAUGAUCUUCUUUCUGCCUGUGACACAAGCAGCCCCCUGACUCGUACAUCCAGUGACCCUAACCUGAAUAACCACUGUCAGGAGGUCAGGGUAGGCGUGGAGCCCUGGCACAGCAAUCCUGAGGGAUCAGAGACAGCCUUUGUGGAGUCUGGGGUAGGAGGUCUUCAGCAGACUGUAGAAGUGGGUCUUUCUCCUCCUCUGUCCAGCAGCCAGAAAGACUACUUGAGCAAUAAAUCUUUCAAGAGUCACAAAAGCUGUUCUCUAAGUUACAAACUGCUUAAUACCACAGUGCCUCGGGAAAUGAAGAGCAACAUCUCUGAUCCUGAGAUCAAAGUCCUAAAAGAGACUAAGGGACCAGCUUCAGACCCUCCUGCCCAGGAUGAGCUGGGUAGGACUUUAGAUGGCACAGGGGAGCCACCUGAACAUUGUCCUGAAACAGAAGCUGUCAGUGUACUCUCCAAGGUCAUUUCUAACAAGUGUGAUGGAGUUUGUAAUUUUCCUGAGUCUUCCCAGGACUCUCCUACAGGUGUGCCCCAACAGGCCCAGCCAGACUCCAAGCUAGGUGUGCCCUCCAGAUGUGGUCUCGAUCACAGCCUCAGCACCCUUUGCAACCCACUGAGUGCUGCCUGCCAAAUUCCUCUAGACCCAAGCGCUGACUUCCUCAGCCAAGAUCCCUCAGGGUCUGUGGCAAGUAUCUCCCACCAGGAACAACUGAAUUCUGUGCCGGAUCUGAUUCAUGGGGAGGAAGACACUAGUAAAAGAGGAAAUAAUAGGAAUGGGCAGUUAUGGGAAAAUCCUCGCUUUGGGAAAAUGCCGUUGGAAUUGGUCCGGAAGCCAAUUUCUCAGAGCCAGAUCAGUGAGUUCUCUUUUCUAGGGUCCAACUGGGACAGCUUCCAAGGGAUGGUGACUUCAUUCCCAAGUGGGGAGGCCACCCCUCGGCGGCUGCUUUCCUAUGGCUGUUGUAGCAAGAGGCCAAACAGUAAGCAGAUGUGGGCCACAGGGCCCUGCUUUGGGGGCCAGUGGGCUCAGAGAGAAGGUGUGAAGUCACCUGUCUGUUCUAGUCAUUCCAAUGGACAUUGUACUGGCCCAGGAGGAAAGAACCGGAUGUGGUUGUCCAGUCACCCAAAGCAAGCCUCUAGCACAAAGCCCGUUCCACUGAGCUGCCCUUCUCCAGUGCCUCCUCUCUAUUUGGAUGAUGAUGGACUCUCCUUUCCCACGGAUGUGAUCCAGCAUAGGUUACGGCAAAUUGAAGCAGGGUACAAGCAAGAGGUGGAGCAGCUACGUCGACAGGUGCGUGAGCUUCAGAUGAGGCUGGAUAUCCGUCACUGCUGUGCCCCUCCAGCAGAGCCCCCCAUGGACUAUGAGGAUGAUUUUACAUGUUUGAAGGAGUCAGAUGGCAGUGAUACUGAGGAUUUUGGCUCUGAUCACAGUGAAGACUGUCUUUCAGAAGCAAGCUGGGAACCUGUUGAUAAGAAAGAGACUGAGGUGACUCGCUGGGUUCCAGACCAUAUGGCAUCACACUGCUAUAACUGUGAUUGUGAAUUCUGGUUGGCCAAACGAAGACACCAUUGCAGAAAUUGUGGGAAUGUAUUUUGUGCUGCAUGCUGCCACCAGAAGCUGCCCAUUCCUGAUCAGCAACUCUAUGACCCAGUUCUCGUCUGUAACUCAUGUUUCGAACACAUUCAAGUCUCUCGUGCCAGGGAACUCAUGAGCCAACAUCUGAAGAAACCCAUCGCGACAGCUUCCAGCUGAAUGCCGGGGAGACAACCUGUCCAAUUUUAGCAGGUUGAAGGGAGGAUCUGCUUCAGUUGUAGUUUGGAAGGUUCCUUGGUGUGGCUCAUGAAAACACAGAGCUCAAAGAUACCAUCUUGAGAAAUCCUCCUUGGUAUCAUGAAACUGGAGCAGAGAAAUUCCAAUUUGGCGGGAGGUCCUCUACUGGUGAGACCCCUCACCUUGGGGUAAUGGUCCUAAUCCAGACCCAGGGUCUGGAAGCCUCAUGUUGAGUUGGUGACUCCAGCUUCUUUCUCCUGGAGGUCACAAGAUAAUGAUUGCAUAGAUGUUGCCUGGUGCAAAGUGCCCCAAACAGCAAUAGAAAGGCAUAUGUGUAACCAAACUCCAAGUGAUAACCAGACCCAUCUCUCCUCCACCUUGACAAAAGCAGAUUAUAGUAUACAAGAUUGGAAUUCCUGUCCUAUUUGAGAUGAACUAUAUCCUGUACCUCUGUGCUCUGUGUCUGUGCAUGAAGGCUCAGUCUUUAGAGGCACUCCCUCUAGUUGCAUUAGUACUGUCUUUCUGUGGAGUUUGAAGACUGGUUCAGCAAGUGGAGGUUUCAAUGUAUUUUUCAGCUGGCUCAUCAGCCAGUAUCGGUAAAUAUUCAGUUUAGGGGGACAGUUCUAGGGAGCGAGACAUUUUUGGGAGCAGAGGAAAACUGCUGAUGUUCGGUCCUGGCAAACAUUGAGUUAUUUUGAGCUAUGAAGGCAGUCGUCUCUGUUACACAGUGGCAGCUCUUGUGUUAUGCACUGUGAAGAAUGAGAAGGGAAAGCAAAAAUUAUCCUUGUGGAAUAUCUGCUGAUUGUUCCCUACCCUUUGCACCUGACUUUUCCUAGUUGUCCUGGUGCUAACACAGGAGCUACACCUUGAUCCUCUCCUGGCAUGAAAAUAAAGGUUUUUGUUGUUGUUCCAUUGCCUACUCCCUGACGUUGUCUUUCCCUUGGCUGCUGCCUCCUCUGGGUCACACUGCUUCUUAUCCUGAACACUUGACACCUCAAGGGUAGAAUUUAGCGUUUGGUUUUUACCUCCUAGCAUAUGCUGUUUGGUAUGUGAGGGUUUCAGUACAAAUGCUGCUGUCUAUUAAUGUGCACUUAACAAUGGAACCCAAACAGAAGAGAAUAAAGCCUUGAUACCAAAAUUGGGAGAGAACAUGUGUCCAUUUGGACCAAACGUUGGUUUUUAAAAAAUUUUAUUUUGUUUUUUUCAUCUUAAUAUGUACCAGUGGCACUUAACCAAAAGAUACAGUGAUAUAGCCAUGUACUGUGGGCAGGACAGAUACAGUCUCCUUGGCCUAUAAUGAAACCACUAGGACUUUAUACAUUUUCCUUAAUUUGUUGACAUAUAAAUGGUAAAUUACAUUUAGGCUUAUCCUGUUUUGAAAUGAUGAUAGUCAUCUUUCUCACUGCUACUUUCAUGUUGCUUUCUAGAAAACAGCAUUUCAUUCCAAAAUAACUAGGAUCUGCAUUUAGAACAAGAAUCAUUAUUUGUCCUGACCUUUUCAGUCCUACAGAGAAGCAUCUGUGGUUCUUUUGUACUUGCCAUAGAUGUAACCUAAAAAGUUUUGGGGUAUUUAGGUCAGCCUAGCAGAACUUUUUUUUUUUUUCAUUUAAAUGGAGCUGUAUAAUGGAGAUUUUGUGUCUGCAAAAUUCCUGAGAUCAUUGAAAAAGUAACAAGCUAUUCCUUGUUUCUAAUACAUAAAAUUAUUUUAAGCAUUUUCUUAGUCAUUAAAAUUUACUGCCAGUUGUGAGUGGCUUUUUAAUUAACCUGACUUCCAUUGCACUUCACUCUGCUUGUUUUCAAGGGGAGUAAGAUUGGUAACAUUUGGGGAGACUAUAUCUGUCUACUUAGUGCGGCUGUUUUGAGGGACUGUCUCAUCAGUGAACAAACUGCAUGGCCUUGGAGAGAGACUCUGGGCUCUUGGCUCAGAUGUGUUCAUCAAAUACUCCUUUCAGAGCUGUUGUGGAUGUAAGUGAUAUGAUGUGGCCAAAAAUCCAAACCGUGCAGUUGCGUUGUGACAAACAUGCAAUGUGCUGUAAAAAUUCAAUACAGUUUAAAUAAAAUCUCUAUAUUA